AUGAAGCACUUUCUUAUUUGGUGUAUUGGAUUCUUCUAUAUUGCGAUACUACUAAGACAUGGAAAAGGAACGGAGGUAAAAGAAUUUAGAAAAUCGGAUUUGCUGUUAAAUGCUAAUGAUUCCAAGGAUAUAGAAAAAGGUGAGAGUAAGGUGGUCAUAGGAACGAAUAAUUUCUGGUUUUCAAAAGAGAAGAAGAAAAAGGUUAAUAAUGCAGAGAGAGACGGAAAGAAGAUUAAGGAUAUAGGGAGCUCAAUUGUCCUACGUUCCGUUCCACCGAACUCGUCCUCUAUGCUUUUUGCAUCAAGGGUUGGCUGCCAAUCUGAUGAUUGCAAUGAGGAGGUGCAUCAUCACCACAAAAAGACCAUAAUAGAGACAACUACAGAAAUAGACUGUGAUAUGGACACGGUUACGGAAACGGAAAUAGCUGAAGAAACAACAACUGUUUAUGAGGAGCAAUACACAACAAGGGAGGUUGACUAUGUGACUGACACAGAGUACGAUGUUAUUACAGAGACGGACCACGAAUUUGUUUUAAGCACAAAGACAAUCCUAGAAGUGUCUAUGGAGACUAUCACCAUAGCAAAGAAGACUGUUACCAAAAAAAAGACAAAGACUGAAACAGAGACGGAGACAGAGACGGAAUAUGAACCCACUACCAGGACAAAGACCAGCAUUGAAUACUCCACAACCACCAAAUCUUAUACUACCACUCUGACAACUACACUUCCUACAACCACUACAGCAACAAUAACAAAUGCAGGUGCUACGACAACCAUAUAUGGCGUUAGUAGGCGCGGCUCCAGGUUCUGCGCUAUUGCCAGCCGAUUUGGUUUUAUGUGCGUUACUUAG